AUGGGGAAGUCCGCAAUUACCAAUACAAAUUUAAUAUCAUCAUCAAAUUCAAUUAAUAAAUUAAUAACAACAACCAAUACUAAUCCUAACAUUACAAGUAAUACUUCAUUAAAUAAUAAUAAUAUCAAUAAUAACAAUAAUUUCAAUAAUAGAAGUUAUCAAAAUCAAUCUUAUAAUUAUAAUACAGAUACUGCAGAUAUAAUUGACCUUAAUAAUCAAUUUAAUAAAUAUAAUAACACAAGUAAUAAUAAUAAUUUUAAAAACAUCAACAAUAUUAGUAAUAAUUCAAAUAAAUUAUCUCAAUCAAUUGGGAAUAAAAAUGAUCAAUUCUUUAUAAGUAAUAAUAAUAAUACUAAUAAUACUAAUAAUAAUAAUUACAAUAAUAAAAGCGUAACAACUCCAAUAAGAUCAAUAAAUAAUUCAAUUGAUUAUAAAUCUAAUAUUUUCAGCAACACUGAAAAACAACCUUAUUUUCAAUCAAGUAAUCAAUAUUAUUUAACACCAACUUCUAAUAAUACUUCACCUAAUCAAUCAAAUUAUAAUAAUAAUAUAUAUAAUAUGAGUUAUCUACAACAAAGUCAGCAGCAACAACCACAAAAGCAACAACCAAUACAUCAUCAUAAUCAGCAACAGCAUCAUCAGCAACAACAAAUGCAAAUGCAAAAUCCUCAGUUAUUUACAAAUCCAUAUUCAAAUAAUCCUAUAUAUCAACAAAGAUCACAACAUCAACAACAACAACAGCCGCAGCAGACAAGUCCGUCAAUUCCUCAACAACAAUCUCAACAACCUUUAAGUGGUAGAGUUAGAGGUGAUUCAAUAUUUUUACCACCUCCAAUAACGUCAAGGUCAAAUACUGAACAAGCUUAUGAAACAACAUCAGGUAAUCUAAGUCAAAGUAAUUUAUUAGGUUCAAGAUCAAAUAGUAUAUUUAGUUCAUUAAUUAAUAUACCUGGUUCAAAUGGUAAUUCAAUAAGUGAACCUUCUUCAUCAUCUAUAAUGCAUCAACAACAGCAACAACAGCAACAGCAACAGCAGCAACCUCAACAAGAUUCAUAUAAUUCCGCAGGCGGAAAUAAAUCAUAUUCAAAUAAUCCAAUACCCAAUUUACCACCAACAACAACCAGAGCACGUCAAAUGUCAUUAGUACCUAAUCAAGAAUUUACAAUUGAAGAUUUAGAAAAUUUAUUUGGUAAUAGUAAAGAAAGUAUGGCAAAUUUAUUUGCAUGGCAACAAGGAGAUCCAAAAUUAUCUUUGAGCGGAUCAUCUAAUCAAAAUAUAGGUGGAAGUAAUGUUAAAUCAAAAGCUGGUUCUAUUGAUUUAUCGUCUUGGGUAGAUAGUACUAAUCAACCUGGUUCUAUUGGAUUCAGUAAUAGUAUAACUGAAAUUAUUCAAAAUAUGAUAUCAAAUGGUUCAUUGGAUUUAACAAAUAUGAGUAAUCAAGAAAGACGUGAUUCCAUCUUGAAAAUUAUUACUGAUCAAAAUACUUUUAGAAAUCAAAAAAAUUCAAUCAAUUCUGCCAAUUCUAAUACAAGUACAAAUUUAAGACAAGACAUUUUUGAUAAGAAUAAAAAUAGUACGAAAGAGGAACAACAACAAAUUGCACCACAUCAACUGCCACAAGUUGCAUAUAAUCAAACUUUAAAACGAGAAAAAGAUGUAUCACCAACUUCAUCAAUGUCAUCAAAAACUUCAAAACCAAAAGAUGAAGCUCCACAAUCACCUAAAACAUCACCAACACUUUAUAAUAAUACUCAAAUUCAAGAUCCAUAUUCAAAUUCUCAAAGACCAUCAACGAAUCCAAUGUCACAAAAGAUUUUUCUGAAUUCUAUAAAUCCAAUAUCACCAAAUAAUCCAUAUCCAUAUUCACAAUUUCCAAGUUUUAGUAAUGUUUUAGGUUUUCAAGGUAUGCUGCCAGCUGGUAAUCGUCAAAAUAGUUUUAUUGGUAAUUAUCAAUAUCAAAUGACACCUCAAACUCAACAACCACCACAACAAAUGAUUCCUCAACAAAUGCGUCCACAAGUUCAACAUCAACAACCUUAUCAAAAUAUGGCUUUUCCACCUCAAUCCAUGUCAUCAAUACCUCAACAACAAUACUAUAUGCCGCAACAACAACAACAACAGAUGUAUCAACAACCAUUUCAGCAGCAACAACAACAAUUAUCAUCACCACCACAAAAUAAAAGACCUAGAAAACAAUCUACCAAAAGAACUAGAAAGUCAAAGGAUUUACAACCAGCAAUAACAACACCAAGUGUGCCUGAAAAUUCAAAUUUAGUACCUGCACAACAAUUUGCACAAUCUGAAGAUGGUAGACCUUUAUUGGGAGCUACAAGGAUUGAUCAAUUAAUGUUAGUUAUACAAGCAAGAGAAAAAGGAGUUACAAAAGCUAUUGAUCAAGGACCAGAUGGUAGUAUAUUGGCAUCACCAGAACAAUAUCGUCAAGGUCAUUAUAAUGAAGAUCAAUCUGGGGUAUUGCCAAAACCAAUAAGUUUAGUUGGAGGAGUUGAUAAACCUCAUAAACCAAAACAUCAUCAUGAAAAAGAUCAUCAUAAUAAUGGAAGUAAUUCAAAUGAAAAUGAAGAGAGUGAUGAAGAAGAAGAAGCAAGAGUUAAAAAACGUAAAAACAAGAAUCAACAAUGUCCUUAUUGUCUAAAAUAUUUUACUCAAUCAACUCAUUUAGAAGUUCAUAUAAGAUCUCAUAUUGGUUAUAAACCAUUUGAAUGUACAUAUUGUCAUAAAAAAUUCACUCAAGGAGGAAAUUUAAGAACUCAUUUAAGAUUACAUACUGGUGAAAAACCUUUUACAUGUGAAAUAUGUACAAGAUCUUUUAAUAGAAAAGGAAAUUUAGAAGCUCAUAAAUUAACUCAUGAAAAUGUUAAACCUUAUGAAUGUAAAUUAGAUAAUUGUGAUAAACUGUUUACUCAAUUAGGUAAUUUAAAAUCUCAUCAAAAUAGAUUUCAUUUAGAAACUUUAAAUACUUUAACUCAUAAAUUAGCUGAAUUAAAUGGUGAUGCAAUAAAUAAUUUACCAAUUGAUGAAAAAAAUUUAUUAAUUUAUUUUAAAGACUUAUAUAAAAAUUCAAAUAAGGGAAUUAGAGGUAGAGGUAAACAACAUAAAGAUGAUGAUUCUAUUGUGGAUGGUAAUAUUGAUGGUAAUAUUGAAAAUUAA